AUUCCUGCUUGUUGAUUGGCUAGAAAGCAGCGUUGUGGUCUUUCCCCUUCCGGUGGGCGCUGACCUUGCCCGGGAGCGGAGCGGUUCGUUCCCCCGUGUCUCUCGGCGCCGCAGCCCGCAGCCAUGGUGGCCUACUGGCGGCAGGCCGGCCUCAGUUACAUCCGGUAUUCCCAGAUCUGUGCUCAGGUUGUUAGAGCGGCAAUGAAGCCUCAGUACAAAGCAGAGGCAGAGAGGGCGGCAAUGGCCAAUGUGAAAACUGUGAAACCCAAGAAGGAAUAAACUGAACUGAUCUGUGGUGAAUACUCUUAACAGCAAACUGCAAAGCUGUAGGCAAGCUCAAGACUCUGCAAUGUAAUGUCAUCACUUUAACUGUAAAACUUGCCGCUCUGUGUAAAUCGGGAUGCUAAUAAAUGUAAUUUCUGUUAAACAAA